UGGAAAUGAUUUAAUAUUUAAUGUUAUAGUGUAUAUGAGCAAAACUAUAUGAGAUCACGAAACCGGGGGCUCAGCCAGGGUUGCUUCAAGCUCAAGGUCGAGAUAGUCGUAGAAUGUAGCACUGUCUGCGGGAGCAGGGGGGUGGCGUCGAGCCGUAGUCCACGCAAAAUCGAGGCCUGUUUUGAGAUGAAAUCUGCGGCCUGGUUGAAUUACACGAGAGAGCGUGCCUGCAGGUAGGAGCUGCGUAAGCUGGCGUGGCGUAUGCGGUGGGGUCUUCGAAGUUAUGGAUUACAAGGUCGCUGUCGCCGCAGACCCGGAUAUGUGUCUAAGUCCCAUGUCGAGGGCUAAUUGUAAGGAACGGUUCAAUCUAUCAUAUUCUGGGUUGUUGUUGGUAGUGGCGGAGGGAAGUAGUGAGCUUCGUAUUCACAUGCGAGAGGGACGCCGAGGGGCAUCACAAUGUAGCCGGAGCACCAACACGAGCUUUCCAUUCGUGCUGCCCCGUCUAAUAGGACAAGGCUAUGCUCCGGUUCAUGAGAGUCGACCGAGGCGUGGGUUGCAUGGGAAACGCGGCAUUGACGAACACAAUACCCAUAGACGAUGGUACGGAGUUUGUGUCGGUUUACAGCAUGAUAAGUCGCGAGUUCUUGGAAGUGGCAGAGAGUGAUGGUGGGGAGAUGUUGGAGCUGG